CGGCCGCCUUACUCCCGGCCGUCCUCCUUGGCGCGGGGAGCCGCUUCUGGCAGGACAGGUGGGCUCUGCGCUCUCCUCGUUGAUUCUGAUUGAGUCAGUGCUUUACAAAAUUACUUCUCAAUGCUCUCCUUAAAGCUGAGAUAUGCCCACUGUUGAGAGUGAAGCCAAAGUAAAAACCAAACUUCGCUUUGAAGAAUUGCUUAAGACCCACAAUGAUCUAAUACGUGAAAGAAAAAAACUGAAGAAAAAACUUGCCAAAUCUAGAGAAAACAGCACACUUGACAUUAGAAGCAAUCUUCAGAAAAUUAAAGAAACUAAAGGUGAUGAUGUAAGUGCUACUAACACUAAUAACCCAGAGAAGGGCAUGCGAGUCACUAAAAACAAACUGAGGAGUACACAGUCAGCAACUGAAAAUCCAAAUGACAAUGCUUACGUAGAGGAAGACAAGCAGGGAAAGCCAAAUAAAAAGGUUAUAAAGACAGUUCUCCAGGUGAGUGCACAAGAAAUGGAACUGGAAACUCCUGAGAAGGUGGAUUCUGCACAUCAGAAAGCACGAACAAAGUCACAGCCAGGUGUUGAACAUCAGAAAAAUGAGAAGGCAAAUGAGGGAAGAGAAAAUAAUGAUUUAGAAGAGGAAGAACUGAUGCAGGUAUAUCAGCUCCAAGUAGCUGAAGAAAUGGCAAAGGAGAUUAAGAAGAAAAUAAGAAAGAAACUGAAAGAACAGUUGACUUUCUUUCCCUCGGAUACUUUAUUGCAUGAUGACAAAGUGAGCAGUGAAAAAAGAAAAAAGAAGAAAAAGAAAGUUCCAGUCCUGUCUAAAGCUGAAACAAGUGCAUUGACCAUCUCUGAUGACACAGUUGAAAGUAAACAAAAGAAGGAGUCUCUGGUUGGAACACUUACUUUGGAUUCUCAUCAAGAUGAUGAAAUAAGCUCAGUGGAACAAAAUGUAGAAGACAAUAUGCAAGAUAAUAUGAAAUCCAAACCAAAAAAAACGAAAAAGGCUAAAGCAGUUUCAGAUGACAGUGAAGACAUUGCUGGUGAUGGUGUUCAUGAAAUAACAAGCCGAGAUAGUCCAGUUUAUCCCAAAUGUUUGCUUGAAGAUGACCUUGUCCUGGGAGUUUAUAUUCACCGAACUGACCGACUUAAGUCAGAUUUUAUGAUUUCUCACCCGAUGGUAAAAAUUCAUGUGGUUGAUGAGAAUACUGGUCAAUAUGUGAAGAAAGAUGAUAGUGAACGGCCUGUUUCAUCUUACUAUGAAAAAGAGAGUGUGGAUUAUAUUCUCCCUAUUAUGACCCAGCCAUAUGAUUUUAAACAGUUAAAAUCAAGACUUCCAGAGUGGGAAGAACAAAUUAUAUUUAAUGAAAAUUUUCCCUAUUUGCUUCAAGAUUUUGAUGAGAGUCCUAAAGUCAUCCUGUUCUUUGAGAUUCUUGAUUUCUUAAGCAUGGAUGAAAUUAAGAGUAACUCAGAGAUUCAAAACCAAGAAUGUGGCUUUCGGAAAAUUGCCUGGGCCUUUCUUAAGCUACUGGGAGCCAAUGGAAAUGCAAACAUCAAUUCAAAACUUCGCUUGCAGCUGUAUUACCCACCUGCUAAGCCUCGAUCCCAAUCAAAUGUUGUUGAGGUUUUUGAAUGGUGGUCAAAAUGUCCAAGAAAUCGUUAUCCAUCAACAUUGUAUGUAACCAUUAGAGGACUGAAAGUUCCAGACUGUAUAAAGCCGUCUUACCGCUCUAUGAUGGCUCUUCAGGAGGAAAAACCAGUGUAUUGCGAACGUCACCAUGAGUCAAGUUCAGUAGAUACAGAACCUGGAUUAGAAGAUUCAAAGGAAGUAGUAAAGUGGAAACGACUGCCCGGGCAGGCUUGCCGUAUCCCAAACAAGCACCUCUUCUCCCUAAAUGCAGGAGAGCGAGGAUGUUUUUGUCUUGAUUUCUCCCACAAUGGAAGAAUAUUAGCGGCAGCCUGUGCCAGCCGGGAUGGAUAUCCAAUUAUUUUAUAUGAAAUUCCUUCUGGACGUUUCAUGAGAGAAUUGUGUGGCCAUCUCAAUAUCAUUUAUGAUCUUUGCUGGUCAAAAGAUGAUCGCUAUAUCCUUACUUCAUCAUCUGAUGGCACUGCCAGGAUAUGGAAAAAUGAAAUAAACAAUACAAAUACUUUCAGAGUUUUACCUCAUCCUUCUUUUGUUUACACGGCUAAGUUCCAUCCAGCUGUAAGAGAGCUGGUGGUUACAGGAUGCUAUGAUUCUAUGAUACGGAUAUGGAAAGUUGAUAUGAGAGAAGAUUCUGCCGUACUGGUUCGACAGUUUGAUGUUCACAAGAGUUUCAUCAACUCUCUCUGUUUUGAUACUGAAGGUCAUCACAUGUAUUCAGGAGACUGUACAGGGAUAAUUGUUGUUUGGAAUACUUAUGUCAAAGUUAAUGAUCUGCAACAUUCAGUGUGCCACUGGACUAUAAAUAAGGAAAUUAAAGAAACUGAGUUUAAAGGGAUUCCAAUAAGUUACUUGGAGGUUCAUCCCAAUGGAAAACGUUUGUUAAUCCAUACCAAAGACAGUACUUUGAGAAUUAUGGAUCUCCGAAUAUUAGCAGCGAGGAAAUUUGUAGGUGCAGCAAAUUAUCGGGAGAAGAUUCAUAGUACUUUGACACCAUGUGGGACUUUUCUCUUCGCUGGAAGUGAGGACAGUAUAGUAUAUGUUUGGAACCCAGAAACAGGAGAACAAGUAGCAAUGUAUUCUGACCUGCCGUUCAAGUCACCCAUUCGAGACAUUUCUUAUCAUCCAUUUGAGAAUAUGGUUGCAUUUUGUGCAUUUGGGCAGAAUGAGCCAAUUCUUCUGUAUAUUUAUGAUUUUCAUGUAGCCCAGCAGGAGGCUGAAAUGUUCAAACGCUACAAUGGAACAUUUCCAUUACCUGGAAUACACCAAAGUCAAGAUGCCUUAUGUACCUGUCCUAAACUGCCCCAUCAAGGCUCUUUUCAGAUUGAUGAAUUUGUCCACACUGAAAAUUCUUCAACAAAGAUGCAGCUGGUGAAACAGAGACUUGAAACUGUCACAGAGGUGAUACGAUCCUGUGCUGCAAAAGUCAACAAAAAUCUCUCACUUACUUCGCCACCACCAGCCUCCUCACAACAGUCUAAGUUAAAACAGCCAAACAUGCUGACUGCUGAUGAGAUUCUACAUCAGUUUGGUUUCUCUCAAACCGGGAUUAUAAGUGUAGAAAGAAGGCCUUGUAACCGUCAGGUAGACACAGCACCAACGGUAGUGGCUCUUUAUGACUAUACAGCGAAUCGAUCUGAUGAACUAACCAUCCAUCGCGGAGACAUUAUCCGAGUGUUUUUCAAAGAUAAUGAAGACUGGUGGUAUGGCAGCAUAGGAAAGGGACAGGAAGGCUAUUUUCCAGCUAAUCAUGUGGCUAGUGAAACACUAUAUCAAGAAUUGCCUCCAGAGAUAAAGGAACGAUCUCCUCCUUUAAGCCCCAAGGAAAAAACUAAAAUGGAAAACUCAUCUUCAGCUCCUCAAAAGCAGUCAGUCAGUAAGGACAAGUCCCAGGAUUUCAGACUGGGCACAGAACCUAUGACACAUUCUGAAAUGGGCAAAGAAAAGAGCCGUGAGGACCGAGGACACCUAAAGGAAAUGCAGGGGAAGAAGACUGAGCAAACUGGCCGAAAAGUCACCCUGAUAGAGAGGACCUGAGAAGUUUGUUGCUUGGGCCUAAGUUUUAAUGGAAAAGCAACCAGCGGAACCCCAGACUGAAUAACCUAAGGGAAAAGUGAACGGGAGACAACGGAGGAAGAGCUCUCACCACCCCCACUCCCUCCACCAAAAGACUACCUCUCAAAGCUCAUCUCUGUGAAACUUUGGAAAUGGUAGAGAGGGUAUGUGGGAGUGGGUCGGUGUGUGUGCAGAAGAUAAAAACAAAGACCCUCUUUCACACGCUCUUGUGAAGUAACUUGACUAGGAUCACAGGCACUGGUGGCAGCACCUUCUGGGAAGUGCUGACUCUCAACUAUUUACUCGAUAACAUCCUCACUUAAAGCUGCAUUAUUAAAUCCUUGUUCUGAACAAGUCUUAAAUUUUCUCAACCUUAUCACAACUAAAAGUAUCCCUUACAGAACAUGAUCUACAUUCAGAUAAAUCCCGCUGUAAAACUAGGUGUUACAAGUGAUGAAUCUGAAUGAGUGAGGGUUGAAAGUGGGUAAAACUGUAAACAAGGUGAUACCAGAGAGUCAGGAGAAGUGACAUUUGUAUAUGCACACAUGGGGGAGAAGUUGAGUUUUUUAUUUCAUUUUUUUACUAUAUUGACAACUGGAUAUGGAU